AGCAAUUCUUUAACCAAUCGCUCUUCAUCCAGCACAAGAGAGAGAGGUCGAUCAUGGCGGAGGCGGUGAUGGGGCCGCUGCUGGGGGCGCUGCAGGAGCUGGUGAUGAAGGAGGCGCAAGCGAUGGCGGCGGUGGACGACGACGUGCGGAACCUCCGGGACAAGCUCAUGUGGCUGCAGGCCUUCCUCCGCGAUGCCGAGCCCCGGCGGCGCGCCAGGAACGAUGAGCUCACCAGGGUCUGCCUCCACCAGAUACGUGGCGCCGUCUUUGACGCCGAGGACGCAGUUGACCGCUACUUCCUCAAGAUCGACCUCUCCAAGUACCCAGGCUGGAGCCAAGCCGUCGUCCAAUUCUUCAUCGGAUUGACCACGCAGGUCCGCGUGCGGAGGGACCUUUCAAGGAGAGUCGGAUCCAUCAACAAGAGGCUCGAGAGAAUCAUCGAGAACAAGGAUAAGUACAAGAUCGACAACCAGGAUUCCUCAUCAGUCACCACAUGGAGGCCGUCCACUGACAUCAGUGCUGCUAUCGAAAAUCUGGGUCGUUUCACGCUACCAUUGGUGGGACGAGACGAGAAGCAAGAGGAAAUGAGGAAGGUGCUCAACGAGGAAUCCAAGCACCCCAUGGUGAUCACGUUGGCAGGGGAGAGCGGCCUGGGCAAGACAAAGUUGACGAAGGCGAUCUACGAGGAUCCCGUAACCAAGGAGCAUUUCAGGGUGCGCGUGUGGGUGAGCUUCGCGCCAGGCCUCAGCGCCUCGCAGAUCCUCAAGCUGGUCCUCCUGCGCCUGGCGCUGAAACCGACCAAGAGCAGCUACGACGGCGACGAUGAUCCCGGGGUAAGGCUACAAGCGGCGCUGCGAGCCAAGAUCUACCUGCUGGUCCUCGACGGUGAGGUGAGCAGCACGGAGUGGAACGGCAUCCUGUCCAUCCUCGGGAGGACGAGCAGCGCCAAGAGCAGAGUGGUGAGGAUCACACGGACGGACCCGGUGGCACAGUCCUCCAACUUCGUGGAUAGGAAUAUCCUCCUUACGCACUUGGACAAGGGCACGUCCGUGGAGCUGUUCCGCAAGGCGCUCCUCUGGGGCAGGGGUGGUGAGAAGUAUAACAGGAUCUCAGCCGACGACCUAGAGAUGAAGAAGCACCUGGAUUCCAUCCACGACGUCACCGGCGGUCUCCCGUUGUCUGUCGUGCUGCUGGCGGGCCUCCUGCAGACCAAGGAGUUCCCCGGGGAAUGGACUCGCGUGUUCGAGCACCUCACGGACAAGUCCGGCAAGUCCAAACGGGACGACAUCAUACUCUCCAUGUGCUUCGACGACCUCCCGCACGACCUGAAAUCGUGCUUCCUCUACCUGGCAUGCUUCCCAGUGAACAUGCUGGUCAAGGCGCGCACCAUGGUGUGCAUGUGGAUGGCGGAGGGUUUCCUGAGCCCCAGGGGGGGCAUGACGAUGGAGAAGGUGGGCAGCCAUUUCCUGAACGAGCUGGCCCAGAGGCACCUCAUCAACAUCCCGCCCGUGGAGUACGCCGAUCCUGGGUUCGAGAGCGUCACUGUGCAGUCCAGGGUCCACGACUUCCUGCUGCAUGAGGCGCAGGAGGUCCACGGCGGCGACGAUGUCCCGAUGCUAACCACCACUCGCCGCCUCGCGCUGCAGAAUCACAGCGAUAAGUAUGCUGCCCUCGCCACCCCUCUGCCCAAGCUGCGGUCCAUCUUCUCAAGCUUUGAAAAAGAAGACACGGGGAUGGGGACGGCGACGGCGGCGGCUCAUGCUGCAGGUGACCGGAACAAGAAAGGUACAAACACCACCAUUGCUCGGGUCUUCCCCCAUCUUCUUCGGAGCCCCGGUAGCGCCUACACGGACCCGAAGACGAUCAUACAGAGGCUCCUGUGCAAUUCCAAGUUCCUCCGUGUCAUCAGUCUAGAUGGCCUCGACAUUGGCAUCGAGUUACCCCAUGAAAUCGGGAGCGUGGUGCACCUGCAGCAUCUCGCCAUCACCUCCUGCUCCCUCAAGGUAAUACCACCGUCAAUUGGAAAGCUGACCCGGCUCCAGACGCUGGACGUCCGAGGCACCGGCGUCAACGCGCUCCCGAUGGGGUUCUGGAAAAUAAGGACGUUGCGGCACGUGUUCGGGUCCAUCCUCUUGCCCAGGCGAGUCGGCAACCUGGAGCAGCUACGGAACCUGACGACUGUAAACCAUGGCAACAACGGUGCCUGGGACGAGAAAACCUUCUCCAGGAUGGUACGCCUCAACAUGCUGCACGUCGACGGGAUCUCCGCAAGCAAUGUGGAGGCCAUCUACAAGCUCAAGUACCUCGUGAUCCUCAACCUCGCUUCUGGAGAUCAGGCGGUGAUCCCCUCAGAUCUGUUCACUAGAUCCAACCUCCCACGCCUCCAGAUGAUGCGGCUGGCCGGGAAGAUGGAGCAAUCCCCGACAUUGUCGGGCCGCAACUUUACACUCCCGACCCUGACGCAGUUGUUCCUGAAGAACACGAUGGUGCCGCAGUCCUUCAUCAACCAGCUGGGAAUUGGCCUGCCACUCCUCUCCGUGCUCGUCCUGCUAGAAGGCGCCUGUGAAUCGGAGAGCAUCGUCUUCAGCACCGGGUUCCACAGCAUCAAGUACGUGACGCUGGACGUGGAGCUGUUGCGGGUCGAGAUCCAGAGCCCCGCAUUUGGCCAUAACCUCGUGCAGGUGGAGAUCGUCACCUACUCCCCUGAAAUCCUUGUUGAUAUCUCUCAGAAACCCGACAUCAAGGACAAGAUCAAGAUCGACGAUAAAUACAUCCGAGGUAUGGCGGAUCCCGCGCCUGAGGUGCCCAACGGUGCUCUCCAGGCCCUACUGAAUCAUCUAAUGGCGGCCACCGGCGGGGCUCGUCCGAUUGCGAGCCGUAUUCAAACAAAACCUUAGAUUAAUUAAUUUGAUGAAUAUACAUAUUCCUGUUUGUGCUAGUUAAUUACUAAGAUUGAGAGUGUUCCUUGUGUGAUCGUGUGCGUGUGUGCAUGUGUGAAUCUUACAUGUUAUGUCAGAUUGUUUAUUUGUGUGUGUGUGUGUGUGUGUGUGUGUAAAUUGUUCA